AUGGCCGAGCUGCGGCCCGUCCGAGCAGUGGCAGCUUUGCUUUCGGCGGAGGACUUGCAGGAUAUCGAAGCCUUGCUUUCCUCUCACCGCCUCGCUUUCGACACACUGGCCAUUGAGGCGGCACAUGCGAAGGGCACUCUGAAGGAUGCAGUCCAGGUGGCAGAUUUCCAAGAGGAAAGCGGAGCCGCCGAGGAAGCACUUCGUUUGGCCUACGAGCGGCUCACGCAACAAGAGGCUGCAAUGCAGGCAGAGCGAGAGGAAGCUCAUGCAGAGAUUGCGGAGCUGCAUGAACAGUUGAAUUCCUUGAGACAGUUGCAGAUGGCGCAGUUGCAGCGCGGGGGCAGUGCGGCGGACGUUCGCCUUUGCGACCAGGUGCUGGACCUGCAAAGGCGCAGCCAGCGGAGCCUUCAAUGGCGCUGCCAGGAGCUUUGCGUUGGCGCCGCCUUUGCGGUGUGGAGGAUUCGGACCGUCGCCUUUUCAGCAAAGGUCUCUGAGAGGGCACGGCUCCGCAUGGAAUGGCGAAGCCGGGUGGAGAGGUUGAGCGAAAGCCUCCAGAGCUUGGAAUGUGGAUUAUCCUUCACUGCAAUAUUCAGAGCCUGGGCUGAAGCUGUGAAUGGAAAGCUGAAACGGCAAAGCCAAGGAGUGUCCAGGUCUAAUUCGAGAAUUCAUCUUUUUAGAUGCUUGCAGGCAUGGAGGCGUGUGGCCAUUGCAAUGGCAUCCUUACAACACUUCAGCUGGAUCGAGCCUUCCCAAGUCUGCUCUCCAGAGUUUGCAUCUGCUGCAUGGCAGAUGUCACCUCGGGUGUACCGAGCUGUGUUGCUUUCUGCAUCAAACUGA